AAAUGCAGUGCAGGCAAUAGAAAUAUUUGAAUGACAUUUUAUUUUGCAAUAGUUCAAUUUUAUUUCUUUAAAAGAGAAAUUAUCGUUCCAGGUAUUAAACUGUAUUUCCUCUGUUGGUUACUAAUAAUCUGAAUAUUAUAGCCCAUACAGCCCAACUCUCCCUGACUCCAUGCACAUUGCAGAGCCCUGUAGACCUCAGGAGAGUCACAUUACAUUCCAUAACCAACCUUCAUUUCCAGGCUGGUUGUGAACUUUCUCUUACAAACAUACCUUUGAUUUCCAUCACUGCAGCCCCUUACGCAUGCUUGCACUCUCUGUAGCUAGCAUAGCUGUGCUUCAUCACGUGCUGUACAGUGAGGACUGCAUUUGCUGUCAUCCACGCAAAUGUGAAAAAUGAAUCACAAUGUGUUUUUCAUCUCAAAUCUCAGUUUCUUUGAUCUCCUUUUUUUGUACGAGUCCAUUAGAAUUUAUAACAGAUAAAACUAUAGAUGGCAUCUUAGGAAAAAGGUGUGGAUGUUCACAGAUACCAUGGAAAGGCCCUUUAGCCUAGAAAUCGUUUCUUAUUUAUUUUGUCACGUGCAUUUAGACCCUUGUUCUAUGACUUGGUGUUUUAAAGAAUGAUUCAUUUGAUUAAUAUAUUUUUUUUAAUGAUUCAUUUUGCAGCCACCCAUGGGACACUGUGACCAAAGCAGCUAUGCAGAAGUACCCAAACCCUAUGAACCCCAAUGUAGUGGGAGUGGAUGUGCUGGACAGACACAUUGAUGUCCAGGGACGGUUACACAGCAACAGACUGCUCAGUACGGAGUGGGGGCUGCCUUCAAUUGUCAAAUCUCUUAUUGGGGCCACAAGAUCCAGGACAUACAUCCAGGAGCACUCGGUGGUGGAUCCUUCACAACAUACUUUUGAACUGAAGUCGACUAACAUUACGUUUACCAACCUGGUAUCCGUGGAUGAGAGGCUGAUUUACAAACCUCACCCCCAGGAUCCUGAAAAGACUGUGCUAACUCAGGAGGCCAUCAUCAGUGUGAAGGGAAUCAGUCUCAGCAGCUAUUUGGAAGGGGUCAUGGAGAACACCAUCUCUUCUAAUGCCUGCAAGGGCCGCGAGGCGAUGGAGUGGGUGAUCCGACGACUGAACAUGGAAAUCGAAGAGUUAGCCGCGGCGGCCAGGAGCACCAUUAGGACGCCGAUGGCAGCAGCAGUCACUGACAAAUGACAUCCCUGACCUUGCAACAGGCUGACUCAUAUCAGGCUCGACUCCGAGUCAUCCACAGCUUCUCUUUGUGCUGGUUUUAUAUUUAUUAUAUACAUGUAUAAUAUUUCUCAAAGUCCUUAUAUUUAAGACAUUCAUAUCUAUAUUAGAUAUCAUUUAGACUGAGCACAAAGAGAAGCUGUGGAGGUUUAUUUAUUACCGAAAGGUGUAAGGCAUGACUGGUGAUUUGUUUAAAGGAUCUGCGUUCUAGUAUUAAUCUGCUGAAUGUUGCUGGUUUUGAAAGUUAAUGCUGAAGUGUUAAGUGUAAGUGUGUGAACUAUUUAGUGCUGAUGUGUUUUUGUGUGUGGACUUGCACACAAACACAUACACAUGGGAUCUCGGAUCCUGGAACUCAUGCGGAGAUGACAAGCCAGGGCAUAAUUUGUGCAUAAGUGUUAUUUCCAUGAUCCAGGCCUAAUGAAAACGACUAAGUGGAGAUUGAGCAGAAAGACCAUGGAUAAAAACAGCAAUGAGACUUCUGAACUUAUGUGCCAUCUCUCUGUCACAAAAAGAUGAGAUGAAUACAUAUAAUUCAUUGUAAAAUGAAUGUACAAAUAUUUAGGUAGUAUAUGUGAAGGCCAGUUUCUUUAGAUAGAAAGUUUGUAUUUAACUUUAUUCUUUUUGUUGUUUGUUUUAGUUAUGCGCAUGUGUUUCAUGAUCACUUUCUAAUACUUUAACGCAGGUUCUUUCUCGGUCAGACUAAGGAGUCAUCAACUGUCAGAUUAUUCUGGCAUCUCAACACUUGAAUGUCAAGUACUGUACAUUUUCGUAUUAUAUAUUCAAGCUGAAAAACAAAGGGGGUGUUUUCCAUAUGAAACAAACCCUGUAGUUUUAAAAUGGACCAUUUGAAACACCUAGCUAUUGGCUAGUGCACAGUGUUAAAGUUCACUUCCUCUCGAGCUCGGGGCUUGAUAAAGUGAUUGCAGAUUACUGAACAUAGAAGGACUGCACUGCACAAGGAACAGCCUGUGUUCCCCCUGGGUGAGACCUCAUCCAAAUGGGGAAGGAUAACCUGUUAGAGACAGGAAAAUGAAUUAUUAAAAAAAAAAAAAACACACUUGUUGUGCACAAACAAACAAAAACUAAAAAACAGGAAAGUAGAAGCAGCAGAAUCUCCUUAACCCUUUAAUGUACCCAGCGCUGGCUAGGCAAGCUGAUAACAGCACAUAUAAAGGGUUUAGAAAAUCAGUAUCGCUAGCAGAUUACUUUGUUAGAUUCAGUGUGGGAUUUCUGUUUCAAAUCCUGCAAAGAUUCAACUGCAGAAAUGUGAAACUCUCUCUCUCUGCCCCCCCCAAAUAAUAGUAAAUAAUGUCAAGCCUGUUCUGUUUUAGCGUAUUCUUCACAAAAGUACAUUGAUACAACCAGAUCCUGGAGUUAUUUGGCAAGCGAGACCUUUUAUUUCAGAGUCCGUAUGUAUGGAGUUUUGGUGUUCAUAUUUUAUUUGUUUGUCUAACAGAAGUGGAUACCUCAUUUUGGCAACCAAAUGGAGCAAAUUACCCAAACGAGAACAGAAAUCCUGCUGCAGCUUACAGUGAAUCCAAAGGACAACUCCCUGUAAGGUGACAGAACCUAGGCACAGUGCGAUGUAUCUAUUUGCAUCUGUGCAUUGUGGGGAAUUCCAUUCCAGUGCUCUACACUGCAGGAAUGUACAGAAGCAGGUAGCGAAAUGGAAUUGAACCGUGCUGCUAGAUUGUCCCUCUAAUUUCUUAUCCACACUAUCUUGCAAUCAACACAUGUUGAAAACAGGACUGUGAACAAGUUUCUGCUGGGUCUGUGGUUUUGGGUUCUGGCACUGUUGUUUACUGAGCACACUGCUGCCACUGGAGCCCAAUGCAGUGUGUUUACCAUUUGUAAAUCUGUCUCAGCCCUGUCCAGAACACCAGUAUGAACACCAUGCUGUUUUCAUGGCUGUAGGCUCCACACCUGUAAUUUGCUUCCUUUUUGGUCACUGUGUUGUACCUAGCAUGUGUCUUAAAUAAUAAAAUAAAAAUAAUAGAAAAUGAAUCAAAUCUAGACAUUUAAAAAUAUAGAAACUUUUGGCAAGUUCUGGAAAUGUGUAUUUGAAAACAUGAUGUAUAAGUAUAUUAAAAAUAUAUAUUGUUUUGAGAUUCAUUCCACCGCUGAAGACUAUUAACUGACCCUAUUGUAAUGCAGUGUGAUAAACAGCAUACUGUCCAAAUCAUUAUAACCCUUGUGUGGUGUUGGGCUGAAGUGAUUAUUUGAAAUUAAUUUCCUAUGUAUGGAUCUGCUAGUGCAUGGAAUUGUAUAACGUAGAAUAUGUAUGUUUGUUGAAACAGUUCCAUUAAACAUCAUGUAGGAAGUCUAAUCACUUUAAAAUAACUUUAAAAACAGUCAAGAAUGGUUUAAUAUGUUUUUAAACCAAAAUCAUUUCUGCUGUCCAUAAUGACAACACAGUGCAAGGGUUAAAAAUGGGUGGACCUUUGUCCUGUGAAUGUGAAACCCUGGUCAUUACAUUAAAAGUGGCCUUCACACGAGUCUCUCAAGACUUCUCUGAGUAGUGCAGGGAUAUUAACAAAGCCCUCCGCCAUUUACUGUAGUACACCAGCAUUCCUGCAAAGCAGAUUCCCUUUAUUUAACUAGGCAUGACGACACCAAGUAGAUGCGUUACUACAGUGCCAUACAAA